GAAACAGGGGAACAACGGGUAACGAGCCAAAGCACCAUUCCUCGAUCUCCUACGGCGGUCUGGCCAAAAUCAGUCCGGCGAAUUGUGCGUCGUCAACCCCAUCUCCGAGGUCAAGCCUCGAUUUUAAUCCGUCACUGUUUCCUCCUACUGUCCUACAUUGUUGGUAGAACAGAGGCGAAAGAAUCAAUCGUGUUCGCGGGCCUCUGUCUCCAGCGAACAGCACAAGGUUUCGACUUGAGCCAGGGACGCCCUCUGUCUGCGUCGAACUGCUCUGCCGACACCGACAAUCCCUCGCGCGCGUAAGGGAAGAGUUCCUGACUCUGCCCUGCACCCUCGGUUUGCACCCUCGGUCUGCACCUUACUGCAACUGUGCUUGGGGUACAGCAAGAGGAAGAGGGAGGGAGAUACUUUACUUUGUGGGAGACAGGCAGCGGAUUGCGCCGUAGCUAGGAAGGAAAUAUCUCGGUUGGGUUGGUGUCGUUGGUGACUCGGUGGGACAUUAAGCAUACACAGCCGAGUUGGAGACACCAAGGACCUUUACUCGGAAAGCUUGGAGGUUUCUAUCGCCAAUUUGACUGAUCCAACCACAUUCCACGGUAAGCACUUUACUGAACUCCAUCUUUGGUAAUGAAG